AGUUUGCCAGAUGGAUGUGAAGUGUCUUGUAAAGAAUAUCAUUGACGAUUUUAUCAAACAAUUUUUGUCGAGUACAUAAAAACAUGGAGGGUCAACAGUUUUGUUUACGAUGGCAUAAUUUUCAAAACACACUAUUGAGUUCUCUUCCUAAAUUGCUUGAUGGUGGUUAUUUAACAGAUGUCACAUUAAGUGCUGGUGGUAGACAUAUACAUGCACAUAAAAUUAUACUUUCUGCUUGUAGUUACUACUUUAAAGAAUUGUUUAAGGAUUUAAGUUCUUUGCAACAUCCUGUGAUAGUAUUACCAGGAAUGGAAUAUGCAAAUUUAUGUGCAUUAGUUACAUUUAUGUAUAAUGGUGAAGUGAAUAUUUAUCAAGAACAACUACCUGCACUUUUGGCUAUGGCAGAUACUUUACAUGUUCGUGGAUUAGCUGACAUUGCUGGGAAAAAUUCAAGACAUGAUAAUGGUUUAUAUGUUCAACCUCCUCCAGCACAACUGCAGGAAAAGACAUUACCUGAAACACCAAUAAAAAAAGAAAGCAAAGAGAAUGUCACGGGGGGCGGAGAACCUUUAGAUACGGCUUUGGAAACAGACGCAGCUGAGAACAUGGAGAAACCGUUUAACGAUCAAGAAAGUAUAUCGUAUUGCGUGAAAACUAAACCUUAUUAUUCUAUUAAUGCAAAGUUAAAUCAGAGAGAAAAAAUCAGUAUUCCUUCCAUUAAUACUUCUACCAAUAAAUAUACCGAAAAAGCAUAUUCGGAAAAUAGUAUGGACGAGAGUACGUCCGUUUUGGAAGAUCAAAUUACUCCAGUGGAAGACACAAAACCUCCUCCUGUUUGGGACGCAAAUUUCAAGUUCCUUACGAGUUCCGUGAGCGGUAGAACUUCUCAAAAUUACAAUAAAUCUAGUGUCACUUGCCUUAUUUGUGGGAAACAAUUAAGUAAUCAAUAUAACUUGCGAGUGCACAUGGAAACUCACAGUAAUAGUUCAUAUAGCUGUACAGCUUGUUCACAUGUAUCAAGAUCACGGGAUGCACUUCGAAAACAUGUUUCUUAUAGACAUCCAGUGGCUUCGCCACAAAAACGUUCACGAUAUAGUACACCAAAGCCAUAG